CCCCUGCAUGACGAUGGGAACUAAACCAUUUCAGGUUUGGUGUGAUCGUCAGAGGCGGAUUUCUUGAUGAUGAAAGCGAAUUCUCCGUACGGAGUUACAUAUAAGAAACCUCAUCUUUGCGUCUUAUCCGCAAGUUCGUGGGAUCUAGUCCCUCUUUGCUUCUCUUCCUUUCGAUUCAAGGCCAUGAGAAUGGGAGCGCGAAGUCCCAUUCUAGUAUGCUUUCUCCAUCGGAAAUCACCUGCACUUUUUCACGACAACGAUGACGAGGAUACUUCGGAAAGCAUGCCGCGCUUGUACCUUGGCCAAACGACGGUGUAUCGUACGGUUACCUCGAUGUCAAAGGUGUGAGGUCCGAGGUAUCGAUUGCUUUUAUGACCUUGAACCUCUUGUCAAUGACUUUGAAGUGUCAAAUCCACCACAACCGGCCAAAAUUACAAAACACGCUUCGUCUUCUUUGCAAAAAUCUAGGGGCACAAAACAUUAUGAUCAUGGUUAUGAUGAUGACAAUCAUAAUCACAGUUUCCUCCGUUACGUGUCAUCUCUACACAUGGAUCCCAAUCGGGUAGCUCUGUUCCAGAACAACUUUGGUGGUGGGGGUUCGAGUAGUCCUACGACGAGAUGUUUGACCGUUUCCAAGAUUGCAAUCACGGCCGACAAGUUUACGGUCGGAUACGUGACGGGUGAAUUGUUGAGGAUCGCCAAAUCCGUCGCCGAGGAUCAAUCGGCGGUAUACAUCCACUCUCAGAUGAGACCAAAAGCUCGACCGAAACUUCUCGGCAAGUUUUUAACGGUGGACAUGGAAUCCAUAACCACCAUGGACAUCCAGCGCCGUGGGCCCGAUGCUCGUCGAAACAACAACAACAGCAGCAGGUUGGUCUUGUGUGAUCGACUCUGUCGGCUUCUCACCGAGCUAAAAGUCUCCAAAGAACCGUUACCCGAAAUCUUACAGGCCUUUCAGGUUCUCAUGUCGUUCAUCACGACCCUCCUUUUUACCGGUGGUGUCGGUGACUCAGAAAUGGUUGAACAAAAAGAAGACUUGCUUCGUCACAUGAGGGAGGUUUCGGUCAGAUUACUCCAGGACGGUCCGAGUAUGAUGAUGAUGAUGAUGACGACGACGACGACGAUGCCACCGGCAGACCUGUCCCUAUCCAACAGAUGGCACGCUUGGAUUCUGGCCGAGAGUGUACGGAGGGCAAUCUUGAUGACGUGCCUCAUCCAGGGGGUCUACCACGGAUGGCUUCGGGGAUACUGCUAUCAUGAAGUCUUCAUCCAAGCACUGCCCUUUGAUGUCAGGCCUGGGUUGUGGAAUGCCGAAUCUGAAGACGAAUGGGAAAAGUCGUUGAUGAUGGUGAAGAACGUCAGGGGCUGGAAUACAUGGUCCGAGUUGGUCUCGUUUCGUGAGUUUGCGCACUCUUUUGCAGAAUCCCCUUUCGACCCAGGUCAAGACACUUUUCAACGAUUGCUCCUCACGGCUCACCACGGCAAAGAACCUGUCGAUAGGACACUUGGGAAUUUGUCAGUAUGCAAUAUCAUGAAUUGGUAGAUGAAUUUUUGUUGUUUUU